GGAGACAAAGACCUGGCUGUUCGAGGAGAGGACGGACGGCUGUACCACUGGAUCCUGCCUUCUUUCUUCCAGCUGCUCAGAGACCUGACGCGGGAAGGCUUCCAGUUCGCCGUCCUGUUCCGCACGUUUGGCACUGACCUGCCUCGCGUGCUGAGAGGCGUGUCGCGGGCGGUGAGCGACGGAGCCCACCCGCUSUUCCCCGAUCUGCCCGAGCUGAAGCUGAGUGUGAAUUUGACUCCAGGCAAGAUCCGCUGCAGCAAAAAAAACACCGUCCUGAGCCGGGCUGAGGAGAGAGUGUCCUCUCAGGACGGAGAGAGGGGRCUGUACCAGUACAUGAGUUCUGUGCAGGGUCUGGGAGGUUUCCAGGACCACUUUGGUUGGUGGGCUUCCAAUACCUUCUCCAUCCGAGGGGGGAAGCCGAUGUGGAUCGACCCCUUUGACCAACACGUGCAGCACAUCUUCAUAGAUGACAACAUUCGACAGAACGAUGAGGACACCAUCGUUAACCCAAAGGUUUUCUUGGACCCCGGUGGUUCUGACUCCCGCACAGCCUCCACCUUCGAGCUCUACGACAUCACCUUGGUCCAGACCGACCUGCUCCGUGCCAUUUCCGACCAGAGCUACUUCACUCAGCGCGUCUACAUGUGCAUGGAAAACUACGAGAGGAAUCUCCAGCAGGGGGCGACGUAGGACACACUCCAGUCACUGCUUCCUGUGUGACUUUUUAACACGAGGACCUACGGGUCAAGGCAGGGUGCUAAUCGAAGAGAUGUACUGAAUUUUUCUCCCUAAGCUAAGACGGAGGAAUGUUACACAAAUUAUUUAAAAAUUAAACAUUAGGAUAAUCAAAUAUAAAUAAACUCACUCCUAAUAGAAACAUUAGGAGUGAGGUAAGGAGGGUUGCAGUUAUUGCCUGCUGAAAAACCCUUCAGCUGGAGUUUCUGCUUUUAUUUCAGCUCUGAUAGUUUUUAUCAUCAGGUCAGAACUUUUGGAUUGUUUAGAAAAUGUUGUUUACUUGAGUUUAGAAACCAAAGAUAAUAACUGAAUAUUUCUAAAACAACUGAAGCGUCACAUAAAUGAGGACCGGUGUCAGAAAACUGCAGUUGUGAUGGAACUUCUGCAGAGUUUUGGCUUUUAAAUAGGAUUAAAUUUGAAUUAUCUGAUCUUAUCAGCAGUGAGGAUAUUUUCCUGCUGGGUUCACAUUAGAAGAAACCAUUUUCUAAAGCUCCUGUUUAAAUAUAGAAGACAAACCUUAUAAUUCUGUUUGCACUGAAUUAUUCUCUGUAGGGUUUUUUAUAUUUAAAGCACUUUUAGUGAAUUGUUUAAAUUUGCGUGCCACUUUAGCCUUUAAAGAUUUUACCAUAUAUUUAUUGAUAAAGUUUCAGGAAAUUUUAUUUAAAGUUAUUAUUCAGGCUUAAAGAGACGACUGAACGAAAGAGUUUGUAUUAAAAAGCACUAGAAUUAAUUUAUUUUAGUAGAAUUUGAGCCUUGGGUUUCCCUAAAAAUACAUUUACAGACUCAUGAAUGAUUUGAAGCUGUGUGGUGAGUGAUGAAGUGUUUUGAUGAAGUUUUCACAUGUUUGACAUGACGUAAACUUACGAAAUAAAAAACAUCUCUAUCGUGUUUAACAUGAUGAUGCCCUGAAAAUGUAAUUAUCUUUAAAAAAAAUAAAUAAAGAAGUCAAACUUCAAAGCUGUU